AAACACGGAGCACUGCGCUGCUUUCCGGCAAAUAUGGCUCCGUAGUGCUGGUGUCGGUUCUUCAAAAAACAAAGUGCGACACGGACCGACUCAAAGGAGGGUUUUCUCUUCGCCUGGCCUCACACCAGUUUGGGUUUUCGCCGCGGAGGAGCCGGUCUGCGGUGUCCGGACGGGGGUUCUGCUCAUGGCGGCCGUCAUGGAAACAGAGGAACAGGCCCGGAACCGCUUCCAGUCGGAGCUGGAGUUCGUCCAGUGCCUGGCCAACCCCAACUACCUCAACUUUCUGGCUCAGAGGGGCUUCCUGAGGGAGAAACCCUUCGUGAACUACCUGAAGUACCUGCUGUACUGGAAGGAGCCCGAAUACGCCAAGUUCCUCAAGUACCCUCACUGCCUGCACAUGCUGGAGCUGCUGCAGUACGAGCACUUCAGGAAGGAGCUGGUGAACGCUCAGUGCGCCAAGUUCAUCGACGAGCAGCAGCUGCUGCACUGGCAGCAUUACUCCAGGAAGCGCACGCGGCUGCAGCAGGCGCUGGCCGAGCAGCAGCAGCCGCAGCAGCAGCCGCCGCCACACGGCAACGCCACCGCCAAGUGAACACACACACACCGGCACUGUGUGUGUGUGUGUGUGUGUGUGUGUGUGUGUGUGUGUGUGUGUCAGCCCGUGUGCUGUUUCAACUUAAUCCAAGUGAAACUCCCUUCAGUAGAGCUGGGACAGUGUGUUCACCUCCCCAUUCAAUAUUUUUACGAUACAUUGAUACAAUUCUGCAAGUUUUUUUCAAUUUGAUAUUAUGAUUUAUUGUCAUUUUUUUUGUUUUGAAUCCCUCUCCAUUUGUGUCUGUAAAGUUUCAUGAGGCUGAGAACACAAGAACACAUGUGGACUGCAGGCUUUGGGGCCCAAACUGCAUGGGAUCAGCAGAAGGUGGGCGUGGCUGCAAAGGGGAGAGAACCCAUUUUCAUUCACACAGCUGGAGGUCAGAGGUCAAACAGCUGGGCUCGGGUUCCUCAGGUUCCCCAGGAUCUUCACUGUAAAGAAAUUUUUAAAAAGUAAUAAAAAAAAAAAAAAAAAACACAAAACUUCAGUGAAUCAGUCUCUCUUCUCCUGAACCGGAGUCUGAUUGGCUGUGGGCGGCCAAUGACAUCAGAGGCCGCCAGCUGUGGUGGAUGGAUGACAUCAUCAUGUUUAAACAAAACCAGACAUGAAACAUGAAGUGUUUGAUGCUGUUGUGUUUCAUGCUGAGUCAGCAGUUUGGUAAAAACAGGGAAAUGUGAGGAAAUGUCCUGAAGACAAAAAAAAAAAAAAAAAAAACACGGAGCAAGCUGUUGGCUGAAUUAUUAAAACAC